AUGGCCACCAGUAGCCUCGGCCUCUCCACCUCCUUCCUCCCCGGCCACGACACCCGCCUCCGCCGGCGCCGCCGGGCGGCCCCCGCCGCGGCGUCGUCGUUCCGGCCGGUGGUGGCGUCGGCGGAGCUCGGGGCCGAGGUGGGGCGGCAGCUGGUGGAGGCGGUGGGGGUGGGCCUGCCCUGCACCGUCAUGGCCUGCGGCGACGUCAUCUACCGCAGCACGCUGCCCCACAACGACGGCCUCACCAUCACCGCCCCCGGGGUCGCGCUCGCGCUCGCCGCCGCCUCCUACCUCUGGGCCACCCCCGGCGUCGCCCCGGGCUUCUUCGACAUGUUCGUCCUCGCCUUCGCCGAGCGCCUCUUCCGCCCCACCUUCCGGCAGGACGACUUCGUGCCCGGGAAGAAGCUCGGGGAGGGCGCGUUCGGGAUCGUGUACAAGGCGUCCCUGGCCGACCCCAAAGCCGCGGAGAAGGUGAACACCAGUGAUGUGGUCGUGAAGAAGGCGACAGAGUAUGGCGCGGUGGAGAUUUGGAUGAACGAGCGUGUCAGGAGGGCAUGCGCUAGCAGCUGCGCGGAUUUUCUUUAUGGCUUUCGUGAGAGCAAAACCAAAGGUAAGGGUGAGGAAUACUGGCUUAUUUGGCGCUAUGAAGGCGAGGACACGCUUUCUGCUCUCAUGCAAAGCAAGGAGUUCCCUUACAAUGUUGAGACUAAGAUUCUCGGAAAUGUUCAAGAUUUGCCAAAGGGAAUAGCUAGAGAGAAUAAGAUUGUCCAAACGGUGAUGGGACAACUCUUGUUUGCUCUUGAUGGACUUCAUUCGACAGGGAUUGUUCACAGGGACAUAAAACCCCAAAAUGUGAUAUUUUCAGAAGAAUCUCGUACCUUCAAAAUUAUUGAUCUUGGAGCAGCAGCUGAUUUACGAGUGGGCAUCAACUAUAUUCCUAAGGAGUUUCUUUUGGAUCCAAGGUAUGCUGCUCCGGAGCAAUAUAUCAUGAGCACGCAAACACCAUCUGCUCCCUCUGCUCCAGUUGCAACUGCUUUAUCUCCAGUCCUGUGGCAGCUGAACCUUCCUGACAGAUUUGACAUAUACAGCUUGGGCCUCGUAUACCUGCAGAUGGCAUUUCCAGCGUUGAGAACCGACAGCAGCCUGAUACAAUUCAACCGCCAACUGAAGAGAUGCAACUACGACCUGGAAGCCUGGAGGAACUUGGUGGAACCACGAGCCACCCCAGACCUUCGCAGGGGCUUCGACAUCCUGGACUUAGAUGGUGGUAUCGGAUGGGAGCUCCUGACCUCGAUGGUCCGGUACAAAGCGCGGCAAAGGACCAGCGCCAAGGCCGCGCUGGCGCAUCCCUACUUCAACAGCGAAGGGCUCCUCGGCCUCUCAGUCAUGCAGAACCUGAGGCUGCAGCUGUUCCGCGCGACCCAGAAGGACUACAGCGAGGCGGCGCGAUGGAUCAUCGGCCUCAUGGCGAAAUCGGGAACGGAGGAGGGGGGAGGGUUCACGGAAGCACAGCUCCAAGAGCUCAGGGAGAUCAAGCCGAAGAAGGACAGCGCGCAGCGGAACGUGCUGGCGUCGAUGCUGCGGGUGCAGAGGAAGAUCGUGAGGACGAUCAGCGAGAGCAUGGACGAGCUUACGAGCCAGCGCAAGAGCAUCUGGUGGAGCCGGUGGAUCCCCAGGGAGGAGUAG